AUGAGUUCUACUCCAAAUGUUACGGAUCUAGGAGACUACAAUUUUUCAAGUACACCGGCAUCAACAGAUGGUGUAGCAGACAGCCUUAGAAUUGUCCAGUGUAUCCUUCUUGUAACAACGAUUUUCCUUUUGACACUGAACCCACUUUGCCUUCUGGUACUGAGACGUGUGGACAGCAUCCAAGACACCACCAAAGUCUUUCUCAGAGCUCUGAUAGCUGCCAAUCUUGGAGUUGGGAUUUUCCUGGCCCUGCCUAUGACAUUUGCUGCUUUCAACGAGGACUGGCCUUUUGGCGAUACAUUGUGUGGAUUGCAAGCCUUUCUCCUAUCUACCAUCAUCUAUUCUCCUCCUGCAUCUCUGCUCAUGUUGACAGUAGAUCGUUACAUUUCAGUGGUUCAUGCACUCCGCUACCCUUCACUUGUAACUGUGAAUCGGACACGAAUUGCUGUCAUGUCUGUUUUGGGGGCACUUUUGCUGAUAGGAAUUGGAUACAACUUUGUGGGAGAAUGGCACUUUGUGUACAGGCACACAUUUCUUUUUUGUGUGUGUACUAAUGACAAAGCAGGAAAUUUGACCUUGCCAUUCAUUCAAGUGACAUUUUCAUGCAUAGUAUCAUUUGCUCUGCUAACAAUACUGAUAACGUACAUCAGACUCUUCCUGAUUUCCCGACAUCAUGAACGGCGCAUCCAUGCCAACAAUCCAGCUGCCCUUGAAGGUAAUCCACUUCCGAGACCCGGCACUAAGACACUUCACACGUUGCUCAUCAUUGUACUGAGUGCAUUCAUCUUCAAUCUCCUACCACUUUUGUGGAUCGUACUCGGUGAUGUUAAUAUGGACCCCUUGGUAAACUUUUUCAUGUUUGACCUGCCCGUUCUUACUAACAGUUGGUUGAAUGUGGUCAUCUAUUUCUUCAGGAACAAGGACGUCCGACAAGCAACCAGAAAUCUGCUGAGAACUUACUUCACACUUUUGCAGCAGCAUUUUCCAUUUACAUGUACUUGCGACACAAGUUGA